UCCGCGCAGCGGCUACUGCGCGACGCGACGCUGCGGCUCCUCUACACCUGCCGCCUCUGGGCUCGCACGCUGGGAGCUCCAGACUCCCGGCCACAGUCGCCCCCGCCCUCGGGUGCCUCCGUGCACACCUGUCACGCUCGGGACGUGAGACCAGGCUACCCAAGUACCUCUGGCCCCAGUCGUUAAGGGCCAGGCUGCGUCUGGGCGGCCGCGUGGGUGGUCGCGGUCUUGGCAGGUGGCUGUGCGCUAGGGGGUCGCAGGUUCAUCUCCGGAGGGUUGCUGGUCUGGGUGACAUGCCGCUGCUCAGGAAACAAACGGAGGACAUCAGCAGCGUCUACGAGAUCCGGGAGAAGCUCGGCUCGGGCGCCUUCUCUGAGGUGGUGCUGGCCCAGGAACGGGGCUCUGAGCAUCUCGUGGCCCUCAAGUGCAUCCCCAAGAAGGCCCUCCGGGGCAAGGAGGCCUUGGUGGAGAAUGAGAUUGCUGUGCUUCGCAGGGUCAGCCACCCCAACAUCGUGGCUCUGGAGGACGUCCAUGAGAGCCCUUCCCACCUCUACCUCGCUAUGGAGCUGGUGACAGGUGGUGAGCUGUUUGACCGCAUCACAGAGCGUGGCUCCUACACGGAGAAGGAUGCCAGCCACCUGGUGGGGCAGGUCCUCGAUGCCGUCUCCUACCUGCACAGCCUGGGCAUUGUGCACCGGGACCUCAAGCCGGAAAACCUCCUCUAUGCCACGCCCUUUGAGGACUCCAAGAUCAUGGUCUCUGACUUUGGACUCUCCAAAAUCCAGGCUGGCAACAUGCUAGGCACUGCUUGUGGGACCCCAGGAUAUGUGGCCCCAGAGCUUUUGGAACAGAAACCAUAUGGGAAGGCCGUGGAUGUGUGGGCCCUGGGUGUCAUCUCCUACAUCCUGCUGUGUGGGUACCCCCCCUUCUAUGACGAGAGCGACCCUGAACUCUUCAGCCAGAUACUGAGGGCCAGCUAUGAGUUUGACUCUCCUUUUUGGGAUGACAUCUCAGAAUCAGCCAAAGACUUCAUUCGGCACCUUCUGGAGAGAGAUCCCCAGAAGAGGUUCACCUGCCAACAGGCCUUACAGCAUCUUUGGAUCUCUGGGGAUGCAGCCUUGGACAAGGACAUCCUAGGUUCAGUCAGUGAGCAGAUCCAGAAGAAUUUUGCCCGGACCCACUGGAAGCGGGCAUUUAAUGCCACCUCAUUCCUGCGCCACAUCCGUAAGCUGGGACAGAGCCCAGAGGGUGAGGAGGCCCCCAAGCAGGGUAUGGCCAGACACAGCCACCCAGGAGGCCUCCGGGCUGGCCAGCCCCCUGAGUGGUGAUGCCCAGCAGAUCCUGCGGCCAAGCGGACUGACCCCAGAUUUCCUUCCCUUGGGCUCUUUUGGUCCCCUCUCCCGCCCCUGACCCCAGAUCUGGCCUUGGCUGGAGUUUGAGGUGUGGGUGCUUCCCCAGUCUUCCCUCAGACUCUGCCCUUGCCCAGGAGCAGUGGCUUCCCUCCCCUACAGCCACUGCCCCCAAAAGCUGAGGCCACAUGGCAGCAGGCUGCAGGGCUCGUGCCCUUGCUUCUCUGAUUGUGGGCUGCCCUGCUUGUGUUGUGGCCCUUCAGUCCCCUCCACAUUUUUCUCAAAACCAAUAAAGAUGGAU